AUGGCAACUACUACACCAAUCUUAAUUUCAAGUACAGCAUCUUAUGAUGAAAUAUUGUCAACAACAAUUCCUGUAUCAGCAGACUAUACAAAUAAAUUAUCGAAAAUUGAUAAUUCUUUAACAAAUUAUCUAUUAAUUGUAUUUCCAUUAUAUAUAUGUGCGAUUUUAUUCAAUUUUUUAUCAAUUUAUUCAAUACUUCUGGCCAAAGUCUAUCGUCAAUAUUUAAGUAAUGUACUUUUGGCGGUUAUCUGUAUUGGAGCAUUAAUUAAUUUACAUGGUCUAAUGUUUUUAAUACUUUUACGAUGGACAAAAAAUGCAGCAUCAGAUCAACUUUGUUCAUCAUCAAUUUAUCUUCGGGAUACUGGUUCGAUUCUUAUUCAUACACAUAUUAUACUCUUGGCUUUCGAACGUAUUCUUGCUAAUUUAAAAAAACAUCCAACAAAUCUAAAUAAUAAACCUAUUCAACGAGCUCAUCUUUUUCUUAUAACUAUAUCAUUAAUAAGUAUCAUUCUUUCAUUAACUGUUCCAAUUUACGCAUUCACUCAUUCAUCUUUUUCAUCAGCCAAUGGUUUCUGUACUCCAACACAAAUAGCAUCUUAUAAAAAAUAUUUAAGUUGGAUUUACUAUGGUUUUGGUCACCCAUUUGUAUGGUCAUCAUGUAUUUUACUUAGUCUAUUUUUUAUUCGAAAAACAACAAUAUCUUAUUCAACAUUAAUUCCAAUGAAUAGAAUUAUAGUAAUAAUUAGUUUUUCAGCGUGUAUUAAUCUUUUAAUAAGUACAUUAUUUGAUGAUAUUAUUGGUAUUGGUGAUAAUGAUGUAUCAACUGAAUUAGAUGAAUCCUCUGGAACAAUGCUCCUUCUUAUGAAUAUGCGUGAUUUUAUUUCAAUAAUAGAUAAAAUAUUAAUCGGAUUAUUAUUUUUUCUUUUUCGACCAGAAAUUCGUUUAUGGUUAUGUGAAUCGAUGAAAAAAUUUCAAUUAAGUAAAAAUGAAACUGUAAUACCACAAAUGUUAGACAUAAGAAGUGUAAUAGAUGAUAAUUAUAAUGAAACAGAUGAUGGAAAUAUUCAUCUUCCAGCAGAUGUUUAG